AUGGCGAAGGAUGUGUUUGCGGUGCCCAUAUUCUUCAUUUGCUUUCGUGAAUGUGUCGAGACUAGUAUCAUCGUUUCAGUACUGCUCGCUUUCUUGAAACAGACUCUGGGAUCAGAAGAUGAUGCCCCUACACGGAAGAAGUUGGUAAGACAGGUCUGGUGGGGAGUCGGCCUUGGACUCGUCAUCUGUAUCUGCAUUGGAGGCGGAAUGAUCGGUGCAUUUUAUGGCUACGGAAGAGACAGCUUCUCUAAGACAGAAGACCUGUGGGAGGGCGUUUUCGCUUUAAUUGCCAGUGUGAUUAUCACGAUAAUGGGUGCAGCAUUGCUUCGCAUAAAUAAGAUGCAGGAGAAGUGGCGUGGGAAGCUGGUUCGCGUUCUCGAGAAAAGAGAUAACCGGGGCCCGGCUACAAACCCCUUGAAGCGGUGGUCCCAGAAGUAUGCCAUGUUCAUGUUGCCAUUCAUCACGGUCCUUCGUGAAGGGCUGGAGGCUGUUGUGUUUAUCGGUGGUGUCAGUCUUAGUUUUCCGGCGUAUGCCUUCCCGUUACCCGUCGUGACAGGUAUUUUAGCUGGUAUAGCUGUGGGAUAUUUAAUUUAUCGUGGCGGAAAUCAAGCCUCGCUCCAGCUCUUCCUCGUCAUAUCAACAUGUCUACUGUAUCUUGUAGCUGCUGGACUCUGUUCUCGCGGUGUCUGGAGCCUGGAGAACAACACAUGGAAUCAUCUUGUUGGCGGCGAUGCCUCUGAAACCGGUUCUGGACCUGGAUCAUAUGAUAUCCGGCAAAGUGUGUGGCAUGUGAAUUGCUGCAAUCCCCUUAUAAAUGGGGGAGGUGGAUGGGGUAUCUUCAAUGCUGUUCUAGGCUGGACAAACUCGGCCACCUAUGGGUCUGUUAUCUCAUAUAAUCUCUAUUGGGUCAUUGUUAUAUUUUGGUUUGUGACAAUGCGCUAUAAGGAACAACACGGUUAUAUCCCAUUUGUCUCCAAGCUGAUGAGGAGGAGGAAGAAGCCCGAAGAAAGUGCCGAAUGCACAGGUAGCUCAAGCAAUGUCAGCAAUAUCAAAGCUGCAGAAGCAGACACCAAUGCCAGACUCCGGCCCACUGAUGUAUGACGAUAAUACCGAAAUAGCUCGUUUUGCGAUAGAAUUCGAAUUUCUUGUGACUUGAAUGCAUUCAGUGAUGGCCAGAACCUAGUAAUCUCCAAUGUAUCCAGGUAAUCAACCUUGUAAGACAGUUCCAUUCUCCAAUCUCCAUCUUGAGUUGCGAUGUUGCUCGAACAUGGUAUAUCUCCAACACGGGCGUUUUGACCCUUCAUACUCGAGGGCUUAAUGGGAUGAUAAAUCGAAUUUCAGCAUCAACUCAUCCUUGCAGAAGGCGCCC